AUGGAGCUUUUUCAACAUGUUAGACAGAUACAAAAAUUCAAAAGGAGGUUAUGGAUGCAUCAAGCUGUUGCAAACUGUAAUGGAAAGAUUUGGUUUUUUGUAGAGGAGAAUGUAGAUGUGGAAAUUUUAUUUGAUACUGCACAGCAGGUCACCUUGAAACUGUUUCUUCAGGAGCACAAUAGAUAUCUUAUAACAACUUUGGUAGGGGGAGAUUUUAAUGUAGUGAUGAAUGAAGAGGAGAAAAUAGGUGGAGUCCCUCUAGUCCCUCAGGACUAUGAGGAUUUUGCCUUUUGUAUCAACUCAUGUGAUUUAUUUGAAACAGGUUUUAAAAGCAGUCCUUUUACAUGGUGGAAUGGCAGGGCUGGGGAUGAUUGUAUAUUUGAAAGAUUGGACAGAAUCUUCUUUAACUCACAGUUUCAACAAUGGUUUGGUCACAUUGAAGUGGAGCAUCUAUCCAGGACUGGAUCUGAUCAUGCCCCACAUCUUAUUACUUUGGGUGAGGAAGUUCAGAUUUUCAUAAAACCAUUCAGGUUUUUGAAAUUUUGGAUUGAGCAUAAAGAUUUCUUGGACAUAGUAAGGCCGAAUUGGUCUGAGGAGAGAUACACUUGGUUUUCUGAAGGUGAUAGAAACACUAGGUUUUUUCACAAUUUAGUAAAUGGAAGGAGAAAAAGGUUACAGGUGAAUAGAAUUCAAAUAUCUGAUGGUGAGUGGAUAGAAGAUAAGGAGCAGCUUGCAGCAGAAGUGGUUAAUUUCUUCCAACAACAAUUCUCUCAAGAGGAGGGGACUCUAGAUUUUGGCAUGCUGAAGCAUAUUCCACAGAUGGUCUCUUCUGAAAUCAAUGAUUUGCUUUGUGCACUUCCAUCCCAAGAAGAAGUAAAGAAUGUUGUUUUUGAACUUAAAAGAGAGAGUGCUUGUGGUCCUGAUGGAUUAUCAGGAACUUUCUUUCAUUCAUGUUGGGACAUUGUAGGAAUGGAUGUAUUCAGAAUGGUUCAGGAUUUCUAUGAAGGUCAUACUCUCCCAAAAUCAGUAACUCAUACUAAUUUGGUGUUGAACCUUAAGAAAUCAGAAGUUCACACUUUUGGGGAUCUCAGACCAAUUAGCUUGAGUAACUUCAUAAACAAGGUCAUUUCGAGGGUGGUUCAUGGAAGAAUGGAUAAGAUUCUACCAGGUUUGAUCUCUAGCAACUAG